AUGAAUACUCAACGUCACGAAUACAGUGUUGUGUCUAUAGGAUUGAACAUCUAUGUACUGGGAGGAAUCCUCUUCAAUUCGCAAGUGCAUACAUCUUUGGUAGAAAAAUAUAAUUGUGUAACGGGACGCUGGGAAGAAGUCAGAUCCAUGCUUAUGAGCUGUACAUUUGCUAUUGGAGCUGAAAACGUAAUUUAUGCUGUUGGAAGUAGCCGAAAUCCUGAAGGUUUUCAGAUGAUUGCGCAGGUUUACAACCCAGAGCAGGAUAUAUGGUCAUUGAUAAAUGCUCCUAAUAUAUACCGAAAACAUUUCGCUCUUGUUUCUCUUCGAGGUAAAAUAUACAUCCUAGGUGGAAGUAAUAAUGGCGAAUAUUUGAGAUCUGUGGAAGAAUAUGACACUGAAGAGGACACUUGGAAACAUUUUGCGGACUUGCCUUUCCCUUAUUAUUCUCCGAAAGCAACAAUCUAUAAAGAUAUGAUAUUGGUGUAUGAUGAUGUUUUACAAGGAAAUUAUUCACCUUACCCCCCUUCUUUUUGGGAUGAAAAAUCACAAAAUUGGCAACUAUCGGGUUUAGUUUCUCUUUCAAUGUACAAAUUUUGUGCUAUAAAGGAUGAAGAUACCAUUCAAAACUUAGUGAGGAAGAAUAAUGAUUCAGAUAUAAAUUGGAAGAAAAGUCCCUUUGCUAAUUCAUUCUUUUUUAUGAGGUAA